AUGGUGGCCAAUUUCCAAAAGAUUCUCAACUAUGAAGAGUUUGCUGAUGUACAUGUCUGCCACAUGAACAGAUCCAUCUCAGCACACAGGGUGGUGCUGGCCGCCAGCAGCACACUCUUCCGGCAGCGGCUGUGGGCCGUCUCGGCAGUGCCUCUGGCUCUUGAACUGAGCAGUCUGCAGUGUCAUGGCCUGCUUCAGUCCAAGGGCCAUGGCACCGUGUUUGCGGAGCUGGAGCUUAUCCUGCAUAUCAUUUACCGCGGCUGGGCUCAGCUGCGUGAGCGGAGCAUAGGCUCCCUGCUGGAGACAGCACGCUGCCUGCAGUUCGACGACGUCUGUGAGCUGCUGCAGCGCACGGUGCAGGACGCCGAGCCGGGCCUCGCACACCAGGACGUCGAGUCGGGCCUCGCCCACCAAGAUGUCGAGUCGGGCCUCUGCCACCAGGACGCCGCCCUGCUGACGGCGCCAGAGCUGUGUCGGCAGCUGGCCGCGCUGAUCGAGAGCUACGGUCUGCCACCCACCACGCCCGAGACGCUGGCGCACUUCAACGAGAACGACUUCAGCGGUCUGACCGAGGAAGAAAAGUCGCCGAUGGCGGCCAAGCCGCCGCGCGUGCGUCGUCUUCGCCGCCGCGUGACGCGCGUCCGACAGCGCAAGCUGCCAGAGCUGAUCUCGCUCGACCAGUCCACCGUGUGUCAGGUGUGCCACCGGGACCUGGCGCGCAUGAGCGCCCUGCAGCGCCACCUGGCGUCGGCUCACCCGGAUCGUACCGCCGCCGGCGAGGAGGCCGACGAGCGGCCGCCGCCGUCGACGGUCGACGCCAGCGCCAUCUCGGACCCACGCGACACGUGCGCCAGUUUGCUGCAGUUCCGGCCUCGGCUGAGCGCAGCCGGGCCCGGCCAGGGCAGCGCCAACGAGGAGCCGCCGACGCGGUGA